UGGGUGUACAUUUUUAAACUUUACGAAGUCGAAUAUAUAUAAGCUACGUAAUUUUUUAUUCGCAAAAUUAUCUGUUCCAAGAAAUGUCUUGACGAUUGUCCGUGCUUCAAUGUGUGCAGCUGCAACAGAUAUAUUUGUUAUUGUUUGUGACAGCUCUGUGCAGCGAAGCAAAUUUAGCACCUAGAAUUUAGCUGAAACCAUUGGACAGAAUGGCGGAUACCCAUCUAUUUGAAAUAGAUGGCAGUGUCUUGGAAGGAGGAGGACAGAUCCUACGGAUGGCAUUGUGCUUUAGCGUGCUUACCAAGACGCCGGUACGCAUCCGUAACAUCCGCCAAGGGCGCAAGAAACCGGGAUUGGCAGCGCAACAUCUAGCUGGGGUAGAGCUGAUGCGAGAUAUUUGUCAAGGCAGGCUAUACAAAGCGUGUCUCGGAUCGACCGAGAUUGAAUUUUACCCUGGACAUAUUGAGCACGGGAGAUUCGUCGGUCACAUUCAAACGGCAGGAAGCAUUACCCUGCUCCUUCAAGCGACACUACCCGUUGCUAUCUUCAGCUCCGGUCCAGUCACGCUAGAUUUGCGUGGAGGUACAAACACGGAUCUAGCUCCGCAGGUGGAUUUCUUGACGGAAAUAUUUCGGCCCAAUAUGGAACGAUUCGGUGCCAGCUUCGAUUUCGACUUGAUUCGGCGGGGCUAUUUUCCGAAAGGCGGUGGACAAUGUGUGAUAGAAGUAAGACCAGUACAAUCAUUAAGGCCCGUCACUAUGGUUGAUGUGGGCUCUGUUACCAGGUUCUUUGGAUGGAGCUAUGUCGCCGGUGUGCUUCCGUUGAAGAUUGCACACGAAAUGUCUAGCGGUGCUAAAUCGAUUCUCAACCAAAUUGCCAACAGUAGGGCAGAUAUAGAAGUCUACAAAGAAAGUGUGGACAUGGCACCGGAAGGCAAUUGCUCCGGUAUCAUUAUUGGCUGUGAAACGAGCACUGGAGCCAUUCUUGGCGGUUCGGCACUUGGAGAAGCCAGGAAGAAAGGUUUCCAGAGCGGGGAGGAAGCAGCCCACGAGAUUCAAAGCGCCAUCUCCGUUGGUGCCUGUGUAGAUCGACACGUGCAAGAUAUGAUGAUCAUUUUGAUGGCAUUGGCUGACGGGACGAGCCGCAUCCGGACAGAACCGUUGACCAUGCAUACCAAAACGGCAAUCUAUGUGACGGAGUUGAUGACAAAGGCCAAAUUUAACAUCAUAGAAGGAAAUGGCAGUGCUAUCAUCGAAUGUGUUGGCAUUGGACUGCGUAAUAUAAAUCUUCCAAAAAAUACCACGUCAUACUGAGGAUCGGAGCGCAUUGGAGUGAAUUCUUAGACAUUUGUUCAACAGACUGCCAAUGCCUAUUACCAUUUACUGUGCUCAUCGCCAAGGGAAUGCCCGUUUGAAUGGAACGGUCAAACGGGAUGAGUGAGCGAGUUUAGCCAACUUGAUGAUCGUUUACGCGUAGCGCGCGAAUAGAGGGAAGUGUUUUUCUUUCUCUCUCUCUCUCUCUCUCUCUCUCUCUCUCUCUCUCUCUCUCUCGUGUUUGCUUUCGUUCUCUCUCGCCCUUUUCCACCGUUUUUUUGUGUUACAAUAUUUUCUUCCAACCCUUUAAUCUUGCUUGCUGUUAGAACAAACACGCAACUUUUCGACGUCAUUGUGCGUACACAAGACGACGGUGUGCGAUGGAGUAAAUGAUAGUCGAAAGCUCACUAAAAUGUACGCCAGUUUGUCACUAGAAUAGAAAGGGGAAGAUAAUCUAAACAGAGAAAAGAACACACUCACUCGCUCACUCAUCAACCUAAGCGAAUCUUUCUCCUCGAAGAACAAAGUGAAGCAGUAGAAAACUAAGUGGAAUGAAACAAAACAAAAAAGUAGGCAAAACAUGAAAAUACUACACAGGGUAUGUACGUACGUUCUCUCGGAACCGGCUUAGCACACGUUUAAAUCAAUCACCCCUCACUCCCUCUACCAAUGUAGCGAGCGGAUGGGGGGGGGGAUCAUAGAUUAGCAUAGUCCAGCGGAAACGGAAACGGGAUAUACAUACAAAAAACCCCGAUGUGUGCACUUCAAUGAAAGAAAUGAAAGGAGAAAAAAUUGAAUAAUGCGAAGGGAAUGAGGCAGGAUUUUACAGAAACAAUAUUUUGUUCAAAACAUUUGUUGAUUAUAGUUUUUUUUUUUCAUUGUUUUCUUGUAUAACCAUAUUUAAGAUCUAUUUUAUUAUAUUUUAUAACUUUGUAACCAACUACGUUAGUGUUUUUAUCACAAAAAAAAACAUUAAAAAUUUAAACUGCUAUCGUUAUAACUUAGGUAAAUAGAAACCAUUAUAUUCGAACGGUCAUGAUAUGAAGCAGCGGUUAGAAUGGCUAGAAGCUUCUUUUACUGAUAAAAAAGUGGUAAUCGACACAAGCAUUUGAAGCAGCAGAUGUAGUUUUUAAUGGGAAAGAACAGGAAACGGUAUCGAAAAAGAAGCACACACCACAGUGAACGGGAGAACUAACGCAGUUUGUGGUGGUGCGGUGGAGCUGCGAUAAGCAAGAUGCUUGAUGGGUCCGGUCUGUGAUAAAAAAGUGGCUAACCAGGGUGACUAUAUCCACGUAAGCAAGGCCUGUGGCGAUGCCUUUCCUAUAUGGACGAUCGCACCCAAAACAAGAUCGAAGAAGGCUUGUGCAGCGCGAGACAAACCGAUGCGUUACUGUACACGUACACGUAUGUGAGCGAAGAAGAGACGGCGCUCCGUGAGUGAGGUAGAGAGGGGUAAAAAGAGAGAGAGAAAGAGAGAGAUGGAGAGAGAGAGAGAGAGAGAGAGAGAGAGAAAUAAAGAGAGAAAGCGAGAAGAAAAAAACGAACGGUUGGCCUGGUUGUCGCUAUCACCACCGGAAGUGGCCAGUUUACCGAAUGAUUGCGCAUCGCAUUGUAUAACGGCAUCGUGGCGGGUUUUCGUAGAGCAUCGAAGGGCUAGUACGCGCGGUGUUCGCGGAAGGAGCUAGCAAAUAAAUAAAUAGAAUCGGUUAAGUCGAUUCGAGAAGUGGAGUCGAGUUUGGCAUUGCUGAGAAGUUUACAUGUUUUUUUCUUUGGGACAUGGGCUUGGAAUCAACCAUUUUAAGAACGGUUACACAGUUCCACAUAUCACACUACGGUACAAUGCUACUCGUACAUCAUAGAUUGAUGAUCUAUGAACGAUGUACAGAAGCGUUUUCGUAGGAAAGGUGUGCGAUUCUUGCAGAUGCACACGGGUGCAGGAAGUUUUUUGCUAUUUCCGGCGUAAAGCACCCACCCACCAGUACACACCACGCAAACGAUGACGUCCAUCCGCCAGAUGCGCAUGCCCAAAAAGGGUGCGUAACGUACGUAUCGGCAAUCCAGUAGACGAUCAUCAGACGUUCCCACGCUUCUUUUUUUCGCUCUCUUUCUCUCUUUCUCUCUCUGUCUCUCCCGAAGCGUCCUUACAAUAAUGAUCCGCAGGAUCAAAGUAGCAGUGACAGCAACACCACCACUACAGGAACGACAGUGCAGGAUGCAGCCAAUUGCGCAGCUGAAGCUGAAGGGUGUUAAGUGGAGUGGCACCGGAAAGAGAGAUCGAGAGCGACAGCAUUGCAAAGAGAGAGAGAGAGAGA